UGCAAGUUUUGUUUUCGUUUUACCGGCCAUUUCAUUCACAUCACUCGUGCAAGCUUUUCCUCUCUAUACGCUGCUUUCUUUAUCACGCCUAAUUGAUAUCGCCGUCUUGAGCAUCAUAUUCUUUACGUGUGUAAUAAACAUCAAAAUCCUUUAAAAAACGAUAAACAGUCCAUGGAUAUACGCAAGCGCAUACACAACUCCGUUUUGCUUUAACGAAUUUCUCCAAGCAAAGGUUUUAUUUAUUUAUUUAUUUAUUUAUUAGAGAACAUCUUAUACAGAAAAUCAGCAACUUUCCAACAUUUUCAAUAACAAAUUUAUGGGUGUAUAACGUAUAGGGCACAUUUAUUUGAUCUACAACAUAUUUCCUCUCAAGAGAAAUGAGUAAAAGUGAAGGCGACGGAUGCGUCCGAAAAAGGAAGACAGAAUCAGCGCAGAAACCAGAGGAAUACGUGAAUAGAUCAUCUCCAGUGAUUGAGGCAUUCAAAGUGUUUCAACAAGAACUUGACACCAAGCAUGACAAAUAUGAGCGUCUGGUCAAAUUGAGUCGAGACAUCACAAUUGAGAGCAAGAGGACAAUAUUCCUGCUGCACAGAGUGACGAGUGUACCCAAUGUUGAAGAGAUUUUGAAUGAGGCAGAUGUCAGACUGGAUGCUGUGAGGCAGAAGAUUGGUCACAUAGCUGAGGAGCUUGGAGAAGAUGAUCUCUAUCAGUUCCACAAAGCCUUCAUGUCAGGUAUUCAGGAGUAUGUAGAGGCAGUGUCCUUCCAUCAUUUCAUCAGGCACCGUACCCUCAUCAGUCUGGAGGAGAUAAACGCCUGUCUUGUAUUCAUGAGAGUUGAGAAGACGGAAACAAAGGUUUGUGGGAGCGGUUUGUGGCCAGGAGCCUGUGUGCUGACUUUCCAAGUUACACCAACCGACUACCUUCUGGGUGUGGCUGAUCUGACUGGUGAGCUGAUGCGUAUGUGCAUCAGCAGUGUUGGAAAUGGUGAUGUGGACACACCUUUUGAGCUCAGUAACUUCCUGCGGCAGAUCCACGAUGGCUUUUCUUAUAUUGGUAAUGUGGGUCCUUAUGAGGUUUCUAAAAAGUUGCAUACUCUCCGACAGAGCCUUGGCAAGGUGGAGGAUGCCUGCUAUACACUCAGAGUGCGUGGUUCAGAGAUUCCCAAACACAUGCUAGCUGAUGUUUUUUCUAACAGGGCAGCAGUAUUGGAGGAAGAUGAUGGAGCAGUAUAGAAGGCCUAUUUCUCUGUCCGAAAUAUGCCUGUUGCCUUUAGUUGAACAUUAUCUAUUAUGGGAAAGUUUUUGCCUCUGUAAUUGUUUGAUUUUAGAGGUCCUUGAUUGUAGCAUGAUUUAGUUCAACCAUGAAUUCUGGGUUUUUAGCACGUCAGAACACAUGUUGACACGUUCUAGUCUGCCCCAUGUUAAUAUAUUAAGAGAUGCCAAUAAAGCUUGUUUUUGUUAUGA